AUGAACAAGCAACAGCUCGACUGGGGUGACUGCGAAGGGAAUUCGGCACUUCAUUUGGCUGCUUACAAAAAUGCCAACAUCUGUGCUGUGACGCUGAUUCGUAAGGGAGCCAGUGUAUCUGUCAAGAAUAAGGAGGGGAAUAUACCGCUAGCGAUAGCGGUUCUGCAUGGUCGACAAUCCGUCGCGCUCACAUUGAUUCAAGCGGACAGUAACGUUACCGAGCAGGUGUACCCUCCAAAACCUGUCGAGGUCGAAGAUAAUGUGUGGCGAUGGAAAGGUGUGCCUUGUACGGAAGAAAAGACGUCGGUAUCGACGAUCCCUGCCCAGGUAGUCGCCAAAGGUGCAGGAUGGGAGGCCAUGGUCUACGUACUCAUGGAUGCGUUGGGAACGGUA